AUCGUCUCUGCUUUGUGUACGAGAUAUCGCAUUUGUGAACUUUCCUGCUCGUGUUUGCAGGGUGAUAACACUGAGGUGAAAUGCACUUCAAAAACUGGCUCACUCGACUGCAGAGUUGGGUACCCAUACCUGGCGCCUGACCAGACGGCAACAUACGAGAUCAACUUUGAUUUCAACCUGAAUCAACUAAAGAAAAAUGCUGUUGUGAACUUUGAAGUGCAAAGUGACAGUACGGAGGAAGUGACAUCUGAUAACAAGGUCUCUCUAUCCAUCCCAGUCCAGUAUGAUGCCGAAAUCAUCCUCACCAGAGACAUAAGCUUGGAUUAUUGCCUCAUUGGUGCUGAGGAUCAAGUCAAAUACACAGUCUCAGAUUUCAAUGACAUCGGCCCAGAAUUCCACAUAACAUUACGAGUUUCGACUGGAACCUUCCCAAUCAAUCAGGCUCAUCUGACAGUCUCGCUGCCCACCAGCACAAAGGCUGGAAACCAUUUACUUUAUGUGACUUCAGUCGAAACAGCACCUGUUGUAAAUGUGCGGUGUGACAGCGCUCUCAUUGACCCGUUAAACAUCCGAGAGAAACCCUACACUGCCAGCUUCACAAAACUGAGCUUUAGAGGGACAACAGAACUGAAUUGUAAGGCGGCAAAAUGUGAACCCAUGACUUGUGUCCUCGAAGAUCUGGAGAUGAAAACCAGCUACUUUGUAAACAUAACCGCAAGGAUCUGGAAGGGCACUUUUGCCUUUGCGGAUUUUCAGACUGUUUUAGUGGCUGGAAGCUCUGAAAUAGAAACAUCUCAGCCUGAUCUCAUAGUCGUCACACACAAACAACAACAGAUAAAAAUUACAGUCAGUAAAGAAGGAGCGAUUGGAGAUAUUCCUAUUGGUGUUAUCAUAGGAAGUGUCAUUGGCGGACUCCUCCUGUUUGUCCUAGCCACAGUGAUUCUAUGGAAGGUUGGCUUCUUCAAGAGAAAGCGCUUGCCACAGACGGGAAAUGAACAGGACCAGGCAGAACAAGAGGGUCUGUGUGAGAAUCCAGCAUGAACGGGACACAUGACAAUAAUGUCACCUCGAAAUGUACAGAUAAAUAACUGAUAUUCAGUUAGCUGAAAUCCGGGUCCUGCUGGAGGUCUCGGUUAUGAUAAUAUUACUGUAUUUUAAAGCAUCUCACAACUGUUGGACUUAAUCGCUCCUUGCUCAGUUGUGCUCCGUUCUAAAGCGUGGACGAAUGAGUUUGUACUUGCAUGAGAGCUGUGAUGUGUCUUCUUAAGGACAGAGGGGGUUGGGUGAGAUGCCUCUGUCAGUUCCUGCCUCGUUCUAACUUGCUUCAGUAUGUUCAUGGUUCUCAGGUAAAGCAUAUCAGAAACAAGUCUUUACAUCGUUUGAAGUUUGUCUAUUGUCGCUAACGUCCUAUUGUUUUAGUUUCAGACCACUGUUUCUGAGACGUUUAACUCGCUUAUGGCACGAACUCACACUACGAUGACACGUGUGAAAUACUUAUUAUGAAUGACUCUUGCUGUGACUGUUCAAGCCCCAGGGGCAGAUUAAAUUAUGUUCUUGGUUUAAUCCUUGUUUUUGUUGGGCAUGAUCUUCCCUUUUUCUCUUCCUUCUGGCUAUUUCGAAAUAGUUAGCAUAUUUUAAAGAGAUUGAUGCGCAUUGUUA